CCCUAUUAUAGGCUUUACGAGAAAAGCAAGCCGAGGACUCACAAAACAGCGCGAGAUGUCUUUUAAUAACAAAUGCUCGGUGAAGAUUUUGACUCGGUGCUUUGGUUUUGAUCUGGGUUGUUUUCAUUUCAAUUUCAGACACUGACGCGCGAUCUCGGAUUGUGCGCUUGUGUUUGCGCGCAUGCGCAGAGCACCGUCACCGCUAAUCCUCUUAGUGCGCCCAGCUGCGCGCGUCGCGCUAUCCAUCCGAAUGCAAGCCGAAAAGGACGACAGUUCAAAGAGUGACAUCAUGUGGUGACAAUGCCUGCACGAAGACGGUGACUGGGUGAACCUCGUGAUGUCAUGUGGACGCUGACAGAAGAUGAGAAGACUGGCGUAGCCAUCUUCAGGUUCCGGAGUGACCUGCCUCAUGCGUUGAAAUUGGAUCUCGGCGAGAGCGUUGGCAUCCUGGAGAAAUGCCAAGGGUGGUUCAGAGGAUUUUCCUGCAAGAGGACCAAUGUCAAAGGAAUUUUUCCGUGCAGCUACAUUCACGUGACGAAAUACGCCCUCAGCAGCGACGGGCUCAACGGUACGGCGACGCCUGUUGAAGACGCGCUUGUUGCCGAGGUGACGUCCACGCUUCGGGAAUGGGCGCCGCUGUGGAAGCAACUCUACGUGAAACGCAAGGUGGAAGUGUUCUUCCAAGUGGCUCACGUAAUGUCGGAAUUGAUGGAGCUGAGGAAGCAGCUGGUGACGGCGCGGCUGGUGGAGCGAGACAAACGAGACAUCAAACGCGACGUGGCCACCAGACUGGACUGGGGAAAUGAACAUUUGGGCUUGGACUUGGUGCCAAGAAAAGACUUUGAGACGGUGGAUGAAGAUAAGGUCAGCGUCUCUGACCUUUACAAGAUACAUCUCGGCAGCAGGAACGACGUUUGGCACGACUCGCAGAGGCACGACAGCGUCCAGCCGUGUAGAGCUCCAGUCGCGCACCACUUGCUGCUCAACAUGAAGACUUCCACCUGUAACAGCAUCGGAGAAGACAGCGACAUCUUCUUCUGGCUCUACGACUCGAGGGAGGCCAAAAGCAUCAGUGAAAAGUUCAUGGUCAGACUCAACAAAAACGGAGAACCCAAAAAGUCCCGUGAGGUGAACGGGCUGUGGGCUCUUUUCACUGACUUGAGCAACAAAGAUCUGAAGAGAGAUCUCUACAUUGUCUCACAGGUGAUCCGCUCAGGAAGAAUGCUGCUGAACGAGCACAGAAAAGGGCUCCGGCAUGUUCAAUACCGCCGCCCGUAUGGCUGCGCUGUUCUAGCCAUGAGCGACAUCCUGCAAACCAUCGCUGAGCUCAAAGAGGAAAAAGACUUUGUACUCAAAGUGUACAUGUGCAACAAUGAGAGCGAAUGGUACCAAAUCCACGAGAACAUCAUUCGCAAGUGCAGUAGCAAAUACUCUGCACCCGCAAACAACUCCGGCCUAGUCAUCUCAUUGCAGCUGUUGCAUGGCGACGUGGAGGCGCUGCGGCGUGAAAACAAAUGGCUGUCAAGGGCGAGCGUGACGCACAAGCUCGGCUUCCCCGACGUCAUGGUGCCAGGCGACGUGCGCAAUGACUUCUACUUGACGCUGGAGCGGGGCGACUUUGAGCGAGGAGGAAAAAGCGUCCAGAAGAACAUCGAAGUCACUGUCUCACUACUCUUGGCUGAUGGGGAACUCGUACAGGACUGCAUCGGCAAGGCUUGCGGAGAGCCCAACGUGACGCAGCAUCGCUCUGUGGUGCUCUACCACAACAACAACCCGCGAUGGAAUGAGGCAGUCAAGCUUGGCGUUCCCCUCGACAGAUUCCAAGGCGCUCACCUCCGCUUCGACUUCCGACAUUGCUCUACCAAGGACAAAGGAGAGAAGAAACUCUUUGCUUUUUCCUUCACGCCGUUGAUGAGGGAAGAUGGGUCCACGCUGUCCGAUCAGAGCCACCAACUCUACGUUUACAAGGUGGCCACUCGGGUUUUGUCUUUUGUUUGUUCCCAAUUAUCUCUUCUUUCACGCCCUCAGUGCGACGAGAGCAGCGACUUGCGUCAACCCGGCCUCUAUCUGGUCCUACCCUGUUGCCAAGACGGCUCCAGCCCGGGCCUUCCCGCCGCUUCGGCCUUUCAGCGUAGCGCCAGGGAAACUUUCUGGAUCUCCACCCAGCUCUUGUCCACCAAGCUCACCCAGAACGCCAACCUGCUGGCUCUGCUCAAGUGGAAAGCUCAUCCUGACCGAGUGGGCAACAUCCUGGGUCGUCUGCGGCACGUCAGCGGAGAGGAAAUUGUCAAGUUUCUUCAAGACAUCCUGGACACGCUAUUUGCCAUCCUGGAUGACGACGCCUACAAAUAUGGCCCCCUGGUCUUUCAGUCUCUGGUUUUCGUCAUCAAUUUACUGGGGGACAGCAAAUAUUUCCAUUUCCGAGCGGUCAUGGACACAUACAUUCGCAAACACUUUGCUGGCGCUUUGGCCUACAAGGAGCUGAUCCGGUGCCUUAGGUGGGCCAUGGAGAGCUUGCCUGAGGCGGUGUGGCAAGAUCACACACAGGACGUGAUGCGGGCGCUGGAGUAUCUGUUCAAGUUCAUCAUUCAGUCUCGGAGUCUUUACUCUGGCGCCACCUGCGGGAUGGAGGAGGAACAAUUUCGGAGCAGCUUCCAGGAACUCUUUGAGUCCAUUCGCUUUGUUCUCGGUCUGGACUGGCCCACCUGUGAGAGCCUCAUCAUGACUCAGGUGGCCGCAUUGCGCUCCUUUACAGCUAUCUUUGAUGAGCUGAUGCGCAUAUUUUCAGUGCAAGAAGUGGCGGAAUUUGUGCGCAGCACUUUGGCAAGUUUGCCAUCCGUGCUUGCCACUGUGGGACAUUCCAUGGAUGUCGUCAGGUUACAGUCCAUCGCUCGCACUGUGGACAGCAGCCUGUUUGCUUUACCAGAGUCUCGAAGGAUCCUACUCCCUUUGGUUCUUCAUCACAUUCAUCUCCACCUCAGGCAUCAGAAAGAGCUGCCAACGUGUUCUGGAAUCCUCACUUCUCUUUUCUCAAUCAUCAAGGCCAGCUCGUUGGAUGCAUCCGUACAGGAGGAGGUGGAGCUGAUGGUGGAGUCUUUGUUGGACGUUCUGCUGCAGACCUUGCUGUCAAUCACGAGCAGCGGCCAAUCGCAGGAGGCGGGGGAGUUUGUGUCCUGCCUUCUGUCCCUCCUCCGUCACAUGACUGACGUCCACUUCCAACACCUGAUGGAGAACUUUCAGAGCAAAGAGGUACUCAAGGAGUUCAUGAUGAAAAUUUGGUGCGUGCUCCGAAACUUGAUGAAGCUGAGUAUUUUCCCGCGGGAUUGGACUGUGAUGAGGCUACUCAGCAGCCACAUCAUCCUGCGCACGGUGCAACGUCUGGCACCCUUUCAGCUAGAAAACUUUGUCGGAGCCGACUUUGACUUCAAGGUGUGGAGCGCCUACUUCAGUCUGGCAGUUUUGUACAUCAACCAGCCCAGCUUGCAGCUGGAGAGCAUGAGUGCAGCUAAGAGGAAGAAGAUCUUUGACAAGUACGGGGACAUGAGGGUGACAAUGGCAUAUGAACUCUUCAGCAUGUGGCAGAACAUGAGUGAAAACAGGAGACACUUGAUUCCUGGGAUGAUCGGUCCCCUCCUGGGCGUCACUCUGGUGCCUCAGGCGGAGAUCCGCAAUAUCAUGGUCCCCAUCUUCCAUGACAUGAUGGACUGGGAGCAGCGCAAAGAGGGCAGCUUGAAACAGGUGGAGGCCGAGCUGAUUGACAAGCUGGAUGCUUUGGUUUCCGAAGGCAAAGGCGACGAUGACUACAGAGAACUCCUCAGUUUGCUAACUCUUCUGUUGGAGCCAUACCCCAGUCUGUUGGAGAAGAUUGAGCAGCAAACUUGGAGAGAGACCGGCACCUCAUUGGUUACGUCAGUCACUCGCCUGAUGGAACGUCUUUUGGACUACAGGGAUGGCAUGAGAGGAGAUGAGAAGAGCAAGAACACAGGGUGCACCGUCAAUCUCUUGACCUUCUACAAAUCGGAGCUCAACAAGGAGGAAAUGUAUAUCCGCUACAUCCACAAACUGUGUGACUUGCAUGUGGGGGCGGGCAACUACACUGAGGCAGCUUUCACGCUUUUGUUGUACUGGGAGUUGCUGCACUGGGACGAGCGGCCGACAAAAGAGCUUCUGCGUUAUCCCUCUCAGUCUGAGUGGCAGCGCAAGGAAGCGCUUUCCCGCAAGCUCAUCCACUAUUUUGCCAAGGGGAAGUGUUGGGAGUUUGGCAUCCCUCUGUGCAGGGAACUGGCUUUCCAGUAUGAAUCCUUGUACGACUAUCAGAGUCUCAGCUGGAUUCGGGUCAGUAUGACAAAGACCUUCCACACGCCGCCGGUCGCUUCCGUAAUGUCGCCGCACAAUUCCGAGAGAAUGGCUCGCGCUUUCAUCUCGUCUGCUGUGAUUUCUUUGGCUGAACAGAAAUUGGAGGCGGCCUACUUUGAUGACAUCAUGGAGCAACAACGUUUGGAACCCAAAUUCUUCAGGGUGGGAUUCUACGGCAGGAUGUUCCCCUUCUUCCUCAGGAACAAAGAGUUUGUGUGCCGCGGUUACGACUACGAACGCCUGGAGGCCUUUCAGCAGAGGAUGCUGGCAGAGUUCCCGCAAGCCAUCGCCAUGCGGCACCCCAACCAGCCCGAUGAAGCCAUUCUGCAGUCCAACGCUCAGUACCUUCAGAUUUACGCCGUCACACCAGUUCCCGAAGCUGCCGGCAUCCUCCGGUCGCACCGAGUCCCUGACCGAAUCAAGAGUUUUUACCGGGUUAACAAUGUUCACCGUUUCCGGCACGACCGACCAUUCCAUAAAGGACCCAAAGAUCCAGAUAAUGAGUUCAAGAGUCUUUGGAUCGAGCGGACAACUCUGGUCCUGGCUCACCCCUUGCCUGGAAUUUCACCCUGGUUUGAGGUGGAGGAGCAAGAGCUGGUGGAGGUGAGUCCGCUGGAAAACGCUGUCAGUGUGGUGGAGAACAAGAACCAGGAGCUGCGUGCGCUCAUCAGCCGCUAUCACCUCAUGCGGCCGCAUGGUGUCGACGAUGUCGCCGGUGACGAUGUCAACCUGCUCAGCAUGACGCUCAAUGGCGUGGUGGACGCUGCCGUCAACGGAGGCAUCGCUCGUUACCAGGAGGCUUUCUUCGACGAGGAUUACAUCGGCAGCCACCCUCAGGAUGGCGACAAAAUCUCGCAGCUGAAAGACUUGAUGCAGGAGCAGCUUGAGGUGCUGGGAACUGGCCUGGCCGUGCACGGCAGACUGGUGCAUCCCGAAAUGCGGCCGCUGCACAAGAAGCUGAUGGAUCGGUUCCAGGUGAUCAGGAGCAGCCUCUGCCGGGCGGCGUGCGCUGCAAGCCAAGCCAACGCUGCUGGAGGAAUUGCGGGUCCCGAGGGCUUCGUGGUGCACCGACACAGUGAGGCGGCAAAUGUUGGAAAUGUGCCCAUUCUGGCCGACGGCCAAGACCUCUACGGCAUUCAGAGAGUGUUCCUCCAUCAGCUGAUGAGUCCGGCUUGGAAACCCUGCAGCGACCCCUACCUGUCCUCCUCUGACAAAGUUGUGACCGCGGUGGCUAGCAGUUGGAGUUUGGACAGCGUGACCAGAAAAGUCAUCCCUGUUCUGUCUGCCCACGUUGGCGCCGCACCUCCCGUUCCCCCACGGAAUACGCCAGCGCACGUGUUUCCUUGACUUGCCCAUCAGUCCAACGUCCAUCCUGGAUGGCACGACCCUGUCAGGCAGUAGCAGGAGCAGCAGCAGCGCAGCACCACCCCCAGCACCAAAAGAAUGUGCCGCGGAAUGAAGCAACAUCAUCUCAGGGCGGCUGUCUUGCGACGAUGAUGUUUAUGGCUUAGACUUCCAUGUUUGUAUGAUUGCAGAGCUCUCCCUGUGUUUGGCUGCCUCCUCAAGUACACCCCUCCCUAAGGUUUUAAAAUUAGGGUGUAGAUCUCCACCUUAAAAAACAAGCGGGGGAGGGUUAAAUAAAGGAGAAUUCGGCCACUGGCUAGGUGAGGUUAGGGUUACUUUUUUUUUUGUUAAAAAAGGGCGGGUUCUUCCUUGAAAAAUAUAUAUUUUCUCAAUUUUAAAUGUGUCAACCACAUCUAGAGAUCCUCUCCAUAUAUCAAACAAUAACAAAACAUUAAUCAAAACUAAGAAAGAUAGAGGAGGAAGGAAUGUUUUGGGGGAUUUUCAUUUUAGGGCGUAGGUUUUAAUCAGGACAAAAUAAGGAGGAUGGGAGGGAGGAGGAAGAAUUACAAUUGGGAUUAGGUUGACGAUUUGGGUGGGGUGGGGUGGGGUAGGGUUGGGGUUAGGGCAGGGGUUGGGAUUAGGAUAAAGUUUGGGGUGAAACAUUAGGGUUAGGUUGUGAGUAUUUAAACCCACUUUGGAAAGAGCGGGGGGCGGCGCAAGGACCUCCCAUUCCUGGUACCCUCACUGUCCAAAACCCCUGACGGUGUCAUGGCCGCUUCCGUCCAUGGCGCACCACCACGUUUCCAUUUUUAAUUUAUUUUCUAUUUACAAUUUAUGUAUUUAUUUAUUUUUAUCAUGUUUUUAGUUUCUUUUCGCGUCUUCUUCAGGUAAAGCACACUGAAAACUAGAGCUGGCUGGCUGCAAUGAGAGAGCUGCUGUCAGUUUGAGAGCUGAAAGCAGAAUUAUUAGUUUCAGCAGUCUCCUCUUUUUGUACCCUCCCCUUUCUACGCUUUUUAUGUUUUUCAGUAUUUUCAGUUUUAUCCCCUAAAUGAUGAAUGAAACCAAAUGUUUGUUAUUUCAGGUUUACAUCAAUGAUUUGAAUUGAAUUGCAUGUUAUAUUUUAUCAUUUAAAUCACCCGCGACAUGUUGAAUUAAAUU